UCAUUUCUUUGGCUAAAGCAGCAGAGAACAUGUAUUUUACACAUCAGUAAAUCUUUUCUCAUUUUCUGUAAAUCAAGAUCCACAUCUAAAGCUCUCUCAUCUGUGUGAUUUAGAUGAAAUAAGCCCCCCUUCUUUUCUUGGCAGCUAUCUUACUGAUCUGAAUUUGGCUGGCUGUAUUGUCUUUUAUUCGAAAAGUGCUCCCCCUCCCCCCCCCCCCCCAACUCAAAACUAAUGGUUCUGUUUAACAUGGUGUGAAUGAUAGUUUUGCACUUUCCUAGUUUUAGUUUUAAAUGCUGUCAAUGGAUAUUGCCUCCUUGGGUGAUUAAAUUGCCUGGUUUAUUCAACCAGACGAGUUAAAGAGUUCUUGAAAUAGAUGGAAGGGAAGCAGCACACACCAAGUGUUAUAGCAAGGCUGAUGAGCCUUGACGAGCUUCCACCUAGGCAGCACCUCCCUGUUAAGAGAAGGAGAGUACUCUCUGAGAACUAUCUCCAGAAAACGGCUUCUAUAGGUUUGCGAGAGAAGAGUUCAUUCUCUGUUGGCUUCUCCCGUGGAAUAAAUACUCAGAAGUGUCGAGUAGUUAAAGAUGUAUCUGCAGCCAAGUUGAAGAUGCAGAAAUAUACUAAUUCGAGUUUUACUUCAAUAAAGGAGAAGCAUUCUUAUUUUAAGGACUCCAAAGGUACCUCAGAAAGUUUACUUUCAACCAAGCAUUUGCGUGAUCUACAGGCUUCUAAACCCUAUUGCCAGCCGGUUCACUCAGUUGUUGCUAAGCCAAUUGGCAAGAUGUCUACUAGGACUAUUGCUGAAGAAAAGAAUUCGAGAUCUCUUCAGACACUUGAGAUUGGUACACCUAAAGAUGACGUUGGAGAAUGUUCUAUUCAUCACUUGAAGAAAAUAAGCUUUCGGCUUGAUCCAAAUGCAAACAUGCCUCAUCCAUCUACAAGAAUUAUUGUGGUCAAACCUAGUUCUGGAAAGUAUCGUAAAACUAAACAUCAGCCAGUUUCUCUUAGGCAUGGUUUGGAGUCUGAUCCCGUUGAUUUCAAGUACAAGAAAUUCACAGAACAUGAAAAUGGGGCAGUACAUAAUGAGAAACCAGGAAGAGCAGAAAGCAUCAGUGACACUUUUCUGAAGGCCGAGGUUCUAAAGCUGCCUUCUUCAAAAUUGUUUUGUACACAAAGAAAAGAUAAUACUCUAAAUUUCUUUUCAAAGAGGUCAUCUUUUUCCAAAGACAUCAAGAAGCAAAACAUUGAAAGAUGGAGGCUGACGAAUGAUCUUCAAGAAGUUGAAACAACUUGUAGAAGCCAGAAUCUUGGAGAAAUGCUUGCUACGGAUAACUUAGAAACUAGGCCUCAAUUUUUGGACUCCAAGCGUGACUCGCAUAGUUUUAGCAGUUCAUUCAGUGUGAACACUCAGAUCUCAGGCUCUUGCAGCAAGAAUUCGCCAAUUCCAAAUCAUUCUGCUGGUUCUAGGGUAGCCUCUGGAAGUCCUGAAGGUACAAUCGGCCAUAAAGCUUCUCUAUAUGGCUGGCAUCUGAGGCAGAAAGUAGCUGUUACUGAGAAACAUUCCAAGUCUAUGAACCAAAAACAGAAAGAUAAUGUGGAAUAUAGAGACUUGAACUUGAAGGAAACCAAUCAGCAUAGUCCAAAUUCAGUUCUGGAGCCACCUUUCCAGGAAGAGAAACCCUGUACCUCUGCAUUCCACGGCUUAUGUAGUGCAGCACGGCAACUUCAGUUUCUUGAGACCAACUCUGAGGAAACAUAUUCAGAAGGAUCUGAAAUGGAUGUCUCAAGUGAUGGAGACUCUGAGAUAGGGUCUCCGGAUCUCCUUCAAGAUAGUGAAAACAUAUUGAAAGAUUUCAAAACUGCAGAUGGCAGGGACUUUUCCUACCUGAUUGAUGUUUUAGAUGAGGCCAGUUUGCAUGGCAUGAACCUAGGAAUGUGUUUUGAGACUUGGAAUUCUUUGGAAUGUCCUGUGAAUCCCUCAGUGUUUGACUUGUUAGAGAAGAAAUACGGGAAACAAACAUCUUGGCUGAAAUCAGAAAGGAAACUUCUGUUUGACCACAUAAAUUCAGGGCUAAGUGAGAUUUUGCAUUCAUUUCUGGAGAUCUACAUAAUGGAAAAAUCUUUAAAGAGAAGGUGCUGUUCUACAAUGAGGAGAACUGAUAUUGAAGAAGAGUUGUGGAGGAUGCUGAUUAGUCAUGAAAAUGAAAUAUGCAAGGACUUGUCUGGGAAGGCAAUUGGAAAUGAAAUCAAAUGGUUGCAGGUCGAGGAGGAAAUUGGUAGCAUAUGCAGAGAAAUAGAAAAAUAUUUGUUGGAUGAGCUAGCUGCAGAAUUAGCUUUGCAUUGAGAGUGUAUAAAAUGGGAUUUUUGGCCGCUAAGUUUUCUUACUAUUUCCCUCCUCAAGUUACUGGGAAUAGAUAUAGUUUUUUUCCAACAGCAGUUUCGAUCUGAAAGUAUAGAAUGUUGUGUAAAGAAUCUGAAAGAUGUUGCACUAUUUUUUCUUAUAUUCAUUCAAACACGGUGUGCAAUUCUUGAAGGAUUAUUUUUUCUGUAGAAUAUCCCCAUGCUUAUGCAUGAAGAUACAUGUAGAAAGAUUUGGUGUAAACAACUAAAUAUCAAUACUAUUGAUAUAUUUUGAAGGCAGAGAGCCAGAAGUU